GGUCUUUUGUUUCCAAGAUAGGUGAUAGCUUUGUGGGAGGAUGUUCUGAGGCAUUUUCCGAUCUGUGAGUGUUGAUAAAAGUGUGAGUUUGUGGUGAGCCGAGAUAGUACGCAUCAGACUCACAAGAGAAGAUGAGGUGCGCUUCUGUAAGCCUUCUGCUGUGCCUGGCUCUAAUGCUGCUUGCUCAAUUCUCCUGCCCAAUUAGUGGUCUGCGAAACUGUCCUUGUCUCAAGACGUCAAAACAUGUUCUCCGCAAGGAAGAUAUUGACAGCUACAUAAUUCAAGAAGCGGGCGUCUGCCAUAUUACUGCCGUUUUAUUUAAAACAGUCAAAGGUCGUUUCAUUUGCUCCGAUCCGCAAAAGCCUUGGGUGAAAAGAGCCAUUGAAAAGGAGACAGCAGCUGAAAUGACGACACGUCCCGUAAUCUCUGCAUCAGCAUCCACGCUGAAGAACACAUCACACUGGAAUACCGCUGGAUGAACUAUUACUGCUUUACCUGAACUUUGCGAACUCAUAUUCCUGUAAUUUUUGUAUUUGUUUUUUGCUUUAUUUAAGUAUAUUUGAGAAUAUUACAAUGCUCAUGCAUGAUUAUAUAUAUAUAUAUAUAUAUAUAUAUAUAUAUAUAUAUAUAUAUAUAUAUAUAUAUAUAUAAAUUCUCUAUUCAGUUUAACAAAAUUUUCACCCGGUUUCACAAUCAAGGCUUAACCUAGUCCUAGACUAAAAUGUAAAUCUGAACUGUUUCAACUGAAAGAAACUUGCACUGACCGAUCUUAACCAGUAAGUAUUUAUUAAUAUAAUAUUCUAAUAUUUUAUUAGGACUACAUCAACAUAAACUGAAUGAAAAGGAGAAAUGUUCCCUUGACAGACAAGCGAAAAUAGUUUUAUGUUAUAGUUUUUUAAUGGGUUUAGAUUUUUUUCUAUUCAGCUCAACAGGAGCUAUCAUAGUAUUUAAAUUUUUUAUUCAGAUUUCAAAUUAGUAUUCUUUUUGUUUUCUAUCAUUUUAAUUUUGCCAUUUAUUAUUAUUAUUAUUAUUGCUAUACAUUUUUAUCUAGUUUUAAUUAUUUUAGCAGGCCUACAUCACGUAAACUAAAUGAACCAAAUGAAAAUAGGAAACGAUCCCUUCAGCUACAAGCGCAAAUAUUUUUUGGUUUUAUUUUUAACAAUCAAUUAACGAUGAAAUGUUUGCAUCUGUGUGAAUAUGUUUGUAAGCAGAAGAUAUAAAAUGUAUGUUUCACUCGCGCGUUUGCUCACAAUAACCUGGUAAAUCAAAAAAGAAAAUAAAUAAAAUGUGCUGUAUUCAAACAUUAA